UAAUGAGUACGGAUGUGGUGAAGUUUGUGCUUAAGUGUGUUUGUUUAUUUGUAGAUGCGCUUGCAGUUUUAUGUGCAUGUGGGUGUAGCUGGAAUUGUAACAAAGGUGUUGAUGAUGCAGGAACCUAUCAUUAUCAAUGCCUGCACAAAUAUCAUAAAGCUUGCUUAGUCAGACUUUGACCUCAAGUUGUAUUGAGUUUCUUUCCCUGUGGGUCUUUUUAAUGAUUUUAUUCUGAUGAUGAGCUAAAUUGCAAUCAAAAGCUGACUUUGGUAGCAUCUUUUUGAAAGUGUAAAAGUGUUUGGACACAUGGUGCUUCCCCCAUCUCUGUAGGUGACAAUACAGAGUACUCGCCUCUUUGUGGGAGGUCUAUAUAAUGUGUGACGGCAGAGUCUGGUUUACAUGUGUACUAGACGUGAUUGAUGAGCGGUUUUAACUUCUUUGUGUUGAAUGAACUUAAAAGACAUCCCUGCUAUGGCGAAUUCCCUGAAAGCAAAUGUAAGACUGGCAGAGGAGGAGAUCGAAGAGGAGAAAGAGGGAACUAAAGAAGUGGAUGACACCUUGGAUGAGGCUGCAGAGGAGGAGGAAGAGGAUGAAGAGGAGAAGAAGGCACGGGCCGCAGCAGAGGAGACGGCAGCCAGAGAGAGAGCCGCUCAGAGGCAGCUCAUGGCUAUAGAGGAGUUGGUGCAGACUGAGAGGAACUACCUGAAACAUUUGCAGCUCUGUACGGUCACCAUCCACAGCAACCUGCAGAAACUAGAGCCUCCUCCCCCAAACCUUGAGAACAUGUUCCAGCACAUAGAUGAAGUGAUGGAUGUUUCCAGCAGACUCCUGAGCCUCCUCGAUCAGGCACAGAUACAUCACAGCGACCCAAAAUACCUGGAAACUCUCUGUGACUCUUUUCUGAGUCUGUCUCAAGACAUAGAGAUGGCAUAUAAGGAAUAUCUUGCCAACUACAACAACAUAACUGCUUUAGAGAACAGCUAUAAACAGAAAGAGGCCCUGUGGGUGGAAAUGAUCCGAAUCAUCAAGUCAUCUGCUCCUGAUGUGAAUGCAUCCGCUCUGAGCUUCUUUCUGGUGAUGCCGGUUCAGAGAAUCGCCCGUUACCCGCUGCUGCUCCAGACCAUCCAGAAACACACAGACCCUGGGCACCCUGCCUACCCCAUACUGGAGCACGCCGCACACACGUCGAUCCAGAUCAACUGCAGGAUCAAUGAAUACAAGCGCUUCCGUGAAGUCGCUGAUAAGUACAAGAAAACAGAGAACUUGACAAUCAAGGACAAGAUCAAUCGCUUGAGUGGCCAUAGCAUUGCUAAGAAGACGGCCCGGUUCAGCCAGUACAUAAAGCAUGAGACAGGAAUGGUGCCAAAGUUAAAGGAUGAAGAAUUCGAUGCCCUUACCGGCUUCUUCUUUGUCCUGGAGAGGGGUGUCUCAGAGCUUCAUGACAAUCUGCAGGCCUAUCUCCACCAUCUGCAGAGGUUUCUCAGAUGCAGACCGGAGGAAGCAGAUCUUGAUCUGGAGGGAGAGAAAACCGCCUUGUUCUCUAAAGAAAUCACAGUGGCACUCAGACAGUGGAUCUUCCCCUCAUAUGAAGAGCGUUUGAAGACUUUAGUCUUUAAGCCAUUGAGCUCACUGCGGGAACUGAUGGCAGGACCACGUAACCUCAUCCGCAAACGUCAGGACAAGCUUCUGGACUAUGAGACAAUCGAGGAGAAGAGCAGCCUGAGCUUUGAGGAACAAGCCAUAGCGAACACCUACAAGACCAUCAACACUCUCCUGCUGAACGAGCUACCGCAGUUCAACGGCAAAGCCCUGCAGCUCCUGUGGGCCACGCUAGAAGCCUAUAGCUGCCUGCAGAGAGACCUGGCGGCUGAUAUGGAGCAGCUGGCCACCAGCUUCACCCAUCAGCUCCCACACAGUUAUUUAGAGGAUGGUGAGUUCUGGAAGUGGGCAGAGACUUCGGUGCUGGAGGGUUCAAGGAGGAUGGAGAGCCUGUGUCAGAGCGUUCAGGAUGAGCUUAAUGCUCCCAUUGUACAGGCGCUCAAUCCCACGUGUGAGCGGCGUCUCAAGGCUCUGACCGUCAAGCACGGCUCGGAGAAAAUCUACCAGCUGACAGGCCCGGUGGUGGGCACCCGUGACCUCGACCUGACCCUCAACAAGGGAGAGCUGGUAGCUGUCGUCAGCGAGAUGGACACGCGAGGAGACCGUCGCCGCUGGCUGGUUGAUGCAGGAGGCCCGAGGGGAUAUGUGCCUGCCUCAAAAUUGACACGCUACCACCAGAUGACCGUUGAGCCGCCAAAGUCUCCUCAUUUGAACGUCACGCCCUCCGGUCCAGGGCCCCGAAGACACUCCUACACCCCUGGAGCCCUCCCUCUCCCAACCACCAUGACCACGCCCUGUUUUCAGGUGUACGCAGGCUACGACUUCACGGCAAGGAGCGCUCACGAGCUUUCUCUGAGGGCCGGUGAGCCGGUGCGGGUGGUGGAGCCUCACGAUAAGCGUGGAAACAAGGAAUGGAGCCUGGUGGAGGCGCGUGGCCAGAGAGGCUACGUCCCCUCCAACUACCUCACCGUCCUCCCCUCUGUGAUCGCCUCACCCACCUUCCCUUAUCGCUAGAAUAUCCAUGAGAGCACAUCAUCUGCUGCAGAUACGACUCUGCUAGCCAGUAUCCAAACACACACAGACCAUGAGAAACAUUUUUCCCUGAAGGGCUCUUCAUGUGUGAGGGGGCGGAUGGCUGCUGUUUGAUGCAUCAUUUGACUGGUGUAUGUACUGGAGUGGUGCUUGGGCCCUGCUGUGGAGUGCUCGUCCAUAUACUUGAUCUCCGCUUUGCCCGGGGCUGUUACUGGUGGAGAUGGUUUUAUCCAAUGAAGGAAGAGCUGCGGUGCAGACGGGCAUGCUGUUGUAGCACAUGGCUGCUGGUGGAGUGUGCUGUUUCCUACAAUUACCACUCGGAUUCACACCUCAGCUGUCCAAUGGAAUGACAUGUUUGGUGGGCCUGUACUACGUUGCUAUUGAAGGAUUGGAGAAUAUUUGUCUUUUUACUGCUGAGAAUGGAUCUCAUUUUAUGAGUCAGACCUCUAUUGCACUGGUUUCCAGCCACUUGACAUGACUAACAGACUUGAAGAUCUUACAAAACAUUCUUACAAAAUUCUAGCUUGUGCAACAUUUUAAUAAUGCUUGAUGGAGUUUUUAGUUAUUUAUAUUUGUACUGUGGAUCUAAAAAGUUUUUGGACACUUAGGGCACAUUUAAAAUGCAUGAAUGUUGUUAUUAUAGGGAUAGUUCACCCAAAAAUGAAAACUCAGCCAUGAUUUACUCACCCUCAAGCCAUCCUAGGUGUAUAUGACUUUAUUCUUCCCGAUGUGUAUGUACACUAAGAGUUAUAUAAAAAAAAUUUCCUGGCUCUUUCCAAGCUUUAUAAUGGUGGUGAAUGGGUGUUGAGAUUUUGAAGUCCAAAAAAGUGCAUCCAUCCAUCAUAGAAAGUGCUCCAUGCGGCUCCGGGGAUAGAAAAAAGGCCUUUCUGAAGUGAAUCAAUGCAUUUGUGUAAGAAAAAUACCUAUAUUUUAAAACUUAUAAACCGUAUUUUAAACCACAAUUUCUAGUUUCUACUAACUGAGCGCAGAGGAAAGAGCAAAACAAAACAUAAGUCAUUAGAAAUACAAAAUGAGGAUUUGUAAAGCAAAAUGUGGGAGGAUUUUGAUAUAAGCCAAGAUGAGACUGGUUUUCCUUUGCUGUCAACAAAACUUGGUUCUUGCGAGACUAGAAUAUUCUACGCCUACACAUCCGCUCAAAAGUUUGGGAUCAGUAAGAUGGUUUUUAAAAAUGUUUCUUAUGCUCAUCAAGGCUGCAUUUAUUUGAUCAAAAAUACAGAAAACUGCAAUAUUGCAAAAUGUUAUUACAAUAUAAAACAAUGAUUUUAUUUUAAUAUACUUUAAAAUAUAAUUUAUUCCUGUGAAUUUUCAUCAGCUGUUACUCUCAGCCACAUGAUCCUUCAGAAGUCAUUCUAAUAUGCCGGUUUAUUAUCUAUGUUGAAAACAGUUGUUUUUUGGAACCUGUGAUACUUUUUUUCAGAAUUCUUUGAUCAAUAGAAGGUUAAAAAGAACAGCAUUUACUUAAAAUAGAAAGGUUUGUAGUGUAACAAUGUACACUACUGUUCAAAAUUUUGGGGUCAGUACAUUUUUAUUCUUUAUUUUUUUUUUUUUUUUUUUUGGAAGAAAUUAUUACUUUUAUUCAUCAAUAAAAAGUGAUGGCAUAGAUUUACAUUGUUAGAAAAGAUUUAUAUUUUGAGUAGAUGUUGUUCUUUUUAACUUGUUAUUCAUCAAAGGAUCCAGAAAAAAGAAUCACAGGUUCCAAAAAUAAAAAACUGGCAGCACAACUGUUGAUAAUUCUAAUAAUAAAUCAGCAUAUUAGAAUAAUUUCUAAAGGAUCACUUAAGACUGGAGUAACAGCUGAUGAAAAUUCAGCUUUGCAUCACAGGAAUAAAUUAUAUUUUAAAGUAUAUUAAAAUAAAAAACAUUAUUUUAUACUGUAAUAACAGUUUGCAAUACUACAAUUUUUUUCUGUAUUUUUGAUCAAAUAAAUACAGCCUUGAUGAGCAUGAGCACCUUUUUUAAGAAAAACAUUACAAGUCUUACUGAUCCCAAACUUUUGAGCGGCAGUGUGUGUCCUACGUCAUCCAAUGGAACAUGCAUACGAGAGUUAGCAGAAACUAGAGAUUAUGGUUUAUAAAGUUUUAAAUACAGAUAUUUUUCUUAUACAAACGCAUUGAUUUGCUAUAGAAGGUCUUUAUUAACCCCCCGGAGCUGUUUGGAACACUUUUUAUGAUGGGUAGAUACAUUUUAUUGGACUUCAAAAUCUCAAAAGCCAUUCACUGCCAUUAUAAAUCUUGGAAGAGCCAGGACAUUUCAAACUGAUUUAGAAUACCAUAAAAGUGGCCCAUAAGUUUGUAUAUGCACAUAUGUGACCCUGGACCACAAAACCAGUCUUAAGUAGCAUGGGUAUAUUUGUAGCAAUAGACAAGAAUACAUUGUAGGUCAAAAUAAUAAUUUUUUUUUUCCAUGAAGCUAUUUUGUAAAUUUCCUACCGUAAAUAUAUAAAAAAUAUUAUUUAUGAUUAGUAGUAUGCAUUGCUAAGAACUUUACUUGGACAACUUUAAAAGUGAUUUUCUCAAUAUUUAGAAUUUUUUUUUUUUUUUGCAUCCUCAGAUUCCAGAUUUUCGAAUAGUUGUAUCUUGGCCAAAUAUUGUCCUAUCCUAACAGACCAUACAUCAAUUGAAAGCUUAUUUAUUUAGCUUUCAAAAAAUUUCAAACUUAUGACUGGUUUUGUGGUCCAGGGUCAGAUAUAACUCUGAUUGUAUUCAUCUGAAAGAAGAAAGUCAUAUACAACCAGGAUGGCUUGAGAGUGAGUGAGUCAUGGGGUAGUUUUCAGUUUUGGGUGCACUGUCCCUUUAAUGCAUGGAUAACAAAAUAUCAAUCCAAUUUUUUCAAGCAGAACUUUUCACAGUAAGAAUUUUGUUAUAGUUUGUUAUAGUAUAAAUGAUAAGCAAUAGACUAUACUGCUCGAAAUUAAGGCAAAAAGAAUGGUUGACUGACAUAAUGUCAAUAUCAGUCAAUAUUUGGCUUUUUUAUUUUUGAUUUAAAUUAUGGAAGACUUUUAUUUUGACAGUGAUUAAAACGCCAAAACUUGAGUGCAAAAAUCUCUUAUUUUUGCACUCGUUCCGCCAUCGUUGAAAACGCAUAAGCAACAAACUUUUAAUUCUUAUUUUCAAGCUAUGCUGCUUAUAUCCAAUUAGUUGCUAUUCUAUAUUCACAGUGUACUUUAUAUGAAUUUAGCAUUAGCUGGCCAUAAUAAAAUAUGAUUCCCAGUGUGCACAAACAUACAAGAUUACUAAAUGCACUUGGUUACAGUCUUUACUUCCUUUUUUUAACAAAUUUUUAAUUUGUGAAAAAUACUGUAAUUCAAUUACACAAUCAGGAAGGUAUAAGGUAUAAAUGUUAUUUUUUAAUUCAAUUCUGUCAGAAUAUUUUUUUUUUCAAAUAAAUACACAUUUAGUUGCUCUUAAAGAUAGUAGACAAAAUCUAGUCGAGCACUAAAAAAAAAUACUGAGGCUUUCUGGUUGUCAAACGUUAGUAGUUCAGAGUUAAUGUGAUGAAAUACACCUAUGGUUAUGAUUUGUUUGCAGAUGCUUUUUGGAUUGAUAUUUACUUAUUUAUGCAAUGGCAUUCAUACAUUUUUAAUAGUGUCUUAAGUGUCCAGGUACUCUUUGGAGCCGCUGUGGUGGAUGUUGAAGACACUGUAAUAGUGAAUCGUUAAGCUAUUCUUACUGCUUGCGUGCAGAUUCAGUUUUGUCUGCUGCAUUGUGCUUGUAUUGUGACCUCAUAACCUCUGCGAUGAAGAACUCAACCCAUAUGGAAGGAUUCAGGAGUGCAGAUGAUUUGCUGCAGUGUGCAUCAUAGACAUCUGGCUGCAGUUGCACCUGCUGUCCACUAGAGGCGCCAGAGCAUCUUGUGUAAAGACUGUCAUUGCUACCUUACUCAGUGUUGGGCUAAUCCUCCAAACAGAGUCAUAUAUUAUUCAUCUGAUCCUCACAAUCGCCUUAACAGGGAUCCAGCGAGAGGCAGUUCAUCUCACGGCUGCUGCCGUCCUCCUGGUGGUACCACGCACUGAAUAAGGCAUCGUCUGUACAUGUCACUUUGAAGAGAUAUUUAUUUUAUUUAUUCCAGAUGUCAUUAAAUCGAUUCCGUUUUGAAUUAACCCA